AGAGUCAAAAGGCUAUAAAACCCCAUCUCAAAGUCCUUAAAGGCCGGCCUUGGUUCUUAAGCACCACUAAAGCUAAACUUCCUCUUCUUCUACUACUGCUUGAACAACAAACCCCACCCACCUUUCCAUCUCACAACAACGAAAAAUAGGGGGGGAAAAGAAAACAUAUCAAACCAGGAACAAAAGUUAGUUGUAGUGGAUUCCAUAUGGGAAGAUCACCUUGCUGUGAGAAAUCACAUACAAAUAAAGGAGCAUGGACUAAAGAAGAAGAUGAAAGGCUUAUAGCAUACAUUAAAGCUCAUGGCGAAGGCUGUUGGAGGUCACUUCCUAAAGCUGCUGGACUUUUGAGGUGUGGCAAAAGUUGCCGUCUCCGAUGGAUUAAUUACUUGAGGCCUGAUCUCAAACGUGGUAAUUUUACUGAUGAAGAAGAUGAACUCAUUAUUAAACUCCACAGCCUCCUCGGAAACAAGUGGUCGCUUAUAGCAGGAAGACUACCGGGAAGAACAGAUAAUGAGAUAAAAAAUUAUUGGAAUACUCAUAUAAGGAGGAAACUGUUGAGUCGUGGUAUUGAUCCUACAACACACAGGGCUAUAAACGAGUCUAGCACACAAAGAGUCACGUCAAUUUCUUUUACCACUGGGAAUUAUAAAGAUAUUGAAGAUGAGAAGAUGAACAUUAAAGCUGAAUUUGGAACAAUCAAGGAAGAUGAAAUUAGUAGCAGAGCACAGUGUCCUGAUUUGAAUCUUGAGCUCAGAAUUAGCCCUCCUUACCAACAAAACCAACAGAAGAGGGCAUUGGAACAGAGUAGUACUGGUUCGUGGAGGAUUAGCCCUAUAUGUUUUAAAUGCAAUUUAGGAUUAAAGAAGAGUAAAGAUUGCAGUUGUAGUGACAGUAGUAAUGGAAAUGGUUGCAGCAGUAGCAGGAAUACAAGUAUGAAUAUUGCUGCUUAUGACUGUCUAGGAUUAAAGACAAAUGGUUUGGACUACAGAACCUUGGAGACUAAGUGACCCUCAUUUGGCUGACUUGAGUAUUUCCAAUCCAAAAAAAAAAAAAAAGAAAAAAAAAGAGAGUAUAUAAUAGUACUAUUACAUUUUAAAAGCAGUAUAUGGGUGUACCUACAAAACAUAGAUGUGGUAGUUUUUGUUUCAGUAAUUGAUUUUGCAGUCAUUUGAUAAAUCUUUCUUCA